GUCAUAAUGGCUUCAGAAGCGACAAGUGAGAAUGAGUAAGUGAUAGAAAGAGUUGUAACAAGUUUUUAAUUUGUCCCAUUUAUCGAAUACAUGCAUCUCGUUGAGGAAGUUUCGAAGACUUGACAUGGCGGCGAAUGUUUCAAAGCAAAGCUUCUCAAAUCGGCUAAAGAAUAAGUGAAGAAAUAGCAUCAAAUGGUGCCAGUGGUUUCAAGAGUUUGUUGGCGAAGUCUAUUGCUGAAAAGUUUAUGGUCUGUUCUCACAAACGCAAUGUUUCAAGGUUUUGGUUGAGUCAUGCUCGGUUUUGAAAUACGCAAACAUUGAUAACAACUGCAUGUAGGCUAUUUUAUUUAGUUAUGAGCCAAGUGUCGCUUUAAAGCUGCGAACAUAUCCGCGCUGAUUUAAGAUUUCCGGCUUCCAUUCGUUCCAUUUCAGAAAAUUUGCAUUUUUUACAGACACGUAUGUUUACCUAAUUCAUUUAGAAUUAUGAUUAGCUAUAUGUAUGCGCCAUGCUAAUAAAUGGAGAGUGUUAAAGGACUUUUCGUUAUCCGUUUCUGUCAGAAAUCUAGUACCAUUGAUCUAAAAAUCGCACUCCCGAUUCAAGGUUGCAUGACCAAAUUGGACUUCACUCGCUUUUAAUUACCAUUAUUAUUUAUCUGUUCAUUCCCCUUCAAAAAGAAACCAGUCAGUAACCGUUUAAUUAUUCAAUUCAGAAUACAUGUGGAGAGGUAAACAUUUACGUAGCAAAGGAACCUCCCGCGUCACUCUAACUACAGAUCUUUUAUAAGGCUCUUUUCAGCGUUUUCAGUACUCCAGCUAGGAUACUGUCCUCGCAUCGUGCCCCACAUGCAAAAUACUAUAUGCACCGAAUUCGUAAAUGGCGGCCGCGCGGAAAAGCCUGGUUUCAAAUACAGAAAAACGAGGCUCGAAAGGAUUUUAUUCAGUAUCACUAUGGCGUCUUGUUUGGCAAGUUCAUCGGAUAGCGUUGUUAUUCUCACAGAAGAUGAUAUUUAAGGGGCUUCACUGGAGGGGAGAAUUCCUUAAUUAUUGAAGAGCGAAGAAUUGAGGUUUUGGCUGUCGAGGAGAUUCCCUUAAAGGUUUCAUUAAAACUGCAUCACAGGAGUUUAAGAAAAGCAUAUCAACUUCCAUCUAAAUAUUAUGUACAUUGGACUUUAAUGUCUUUUCGAGUGAACAGCACUUGGUGCCUCACAAGCGAGGCAUGAUCUAAUCUGUUUCAUAAUUUCUAUGCAUGCGCAGAGAUGUUGAUGAGAUUGGGGUUGCCAAUUUCUGUUAUCAUGGGGGCAUCUUGUUUAAGUUACUAUCAUUGUACUUUGCCAUGUAAUUAUAGGAUCUUGCAUAUUACACAACGUGGUACACACACCACAUUUGAUUUACUAUGCCAAACUGGCUUAAAGGAAUUACUCCUUCAAAAAUUAAAAAGUUCUUGACCUUGUUAAUAGCUCUUUCUCGAUAAAUUAUCAGCGAAGCAAUAUCCUGUGUCUUAAUCACAUCCUCAGGUGACAUAUGAUCUGACAUCCCCAAGAAAGGGGGUAUAUUGAGGGAGAUACUCAGGGGAAGUACGUCUUCAAUGGUGAAACCCUUGUCAGCCAUUAUAGAGUCUCGUUUAGAAAAAGGGAGGUAUAGAAAAACACUGCGCUCAACCAUUUCCCUUUCUGAUAUGCUGCUUGUGUACAACUGUUCAAUAAAUGCGAAAGACCCCUUGGGUGAGAUUCCUACUAGUCCCUUUAAAGUGGUGUGAUGUUUAUAAGAACUAAACAGUUCACUAUUUAAAAGAAGAAUAGGUGGCAUUUCGCAGCGAAUCUCUGUGCAGUCAAUGAUCAUCUUUGUUGAAGGGUACUUAGCCUUGAAAUCCUUUGGCAUUGUCUCAUCAAGAAGUCUUCUGGAUGGCCAAAUAUUUAGCCGGCCUAGUUUUAAGUACAUAAAGUUGCACCGUGUAAUAAAAAUUCGACUGAAAGUCGACUGAGUAAUAUAAAAUAAGUUGGCUAGAUGUUGUUCAGAUGUUGUUUUGUAACAAUGCAACAAUCUGGUCCUCUAGUUCAUAAAUUUUGGUAUCCUUCACGGAUUGACGCUCGGUGAAAUAAGAGUCCGGUUCUGUCACCGAUUGUUGUUGUCGUCGAUGAAGAUGAAGAUAUCGCACUGGGAAUUUCGAUAGACGUUCUUUCCAGACUUUCUUCCCAUGGCGUCUCGAUCAAAAUUUCUCUCCUAUUUUUCAAACGAGGAGUAGGCGGAGAUCGUUGUCGUGGAGAACUUCGUUUCCACGCAAAAAUUGAAGGCACUACUCCCGGUUUUAAAGACACCACGUGCGUUGAGGUAGUCUUGAAAUGUUCGGCCAUGAAGUGCCUCGAGCAAACCUUGUUUGAAUUUGAUGUAGAGAAAUUCUUGCCUAAGUCCCUUCACAUUGUGUGAAUCCACUGUUUUCUUAGGUUUUUUUCGAAUGGAAAACGGAGGUAAGAUAUUUUGGCACCAAUUACUUUGUCUCGAUAAAUCUUCUUCGUACACAGAGGAACACAGCCAUGUGUUGGCAUUUCUGAGUUCUCAUCCAUAAGGAAAGACUUUUUACGAGGUUUCAAAACUCCACAACUCUCAUAUAGUCUCCCGGAUAUUCUACCAUAAACGAUAAUAAACAAAAGAAUGCUAAUAUUUUGGGUUUGAAGUACCAUAAAAAGAAUCUCGAUAUAAAGUUGCCCUUUCAUUGAAUGGCUUUCGGACUUCGUUUACAUGUGUUCGAAACCAGGCCGUUCUGAGAGGGCGCCAUUUAUGAAUUCUGUCUAUAGAGCGUUUUUUCAUACUACAUUCAUAAGAUGAUACAUAUUGAAAGUUAUGGAUGCAUAAGCUACUAUAUUUCUUUUUUCUCUUGCUGUAGUUGUUUGAAAGCUCUCAACCAGCAAAGAGACUUUGAUUUUGGAUGUCUUGCUCCUGCAGUGAGUGCUCUGUUAUAUUUCGUAUAUUUUGUUGGGUAAUGAUUACAAAAAUAAUGAUAACGACAGCAAUAAUGACGGUUAGGAGUGUGUAGAAUAUGAUAAUGAUGAUGAUAUGAUGAUGAUGAUAAUUAUAAUGAUGAUGAUGAUGAUGAUGAUGAUAAUGAUGAUGAUGAUGAUGAUGAUUAUGACGACAACGUUAACGGCAGCGAUAGCGGAUUUCCUUUUUUCCUUGCUCUUUACCGUGUGGAUAUGGAAUUGGAGAGGAGCCAUUAUUUGUUAAAGUUCGAAUAGUGAAGAAAAGGAAAUAAUUUUAAGUGUUCUUAGUUAUGUCUGUUGGAAAACAAUCAUGAUAAAACUGGUGAUGAAAGGUCGUUAGCCUGUGUGCGAUACGUGAUUGUACAAUUGGCGCUGGGAAUCAAGUUUUCCUUAUAUGCGAUGUUGUUUGUGUAAUCCAUGAAAUAAGAUUUAUUUUAAAGAAUCAUUUUAUGUUUCUUCAUGUUUUUCUUUGCAGUUGGUUAUUAUUUUAGUUCUUUCAUUCCUGAAGCGACGCACUAAGCUUAAAUUGGAACUCUGGGAUGGGCGUCCUGGACUACUGAUGUAUGUUGUCCGUUUAUUAAAAUAGAUAUUUUUAUAGUUGUUUCAUAGCAAAUUUAGAAUUUGAGCGAUUGGGCCCCCAUACACACGCGCAAAUGCACACACACACACACAAACACCCACACGCAUGCGCAUGCACCCGGAUAGAAGCCUCUGCCUCAGUGAUUUGGCCCACUGGAACCCGUCGUGCUUUGCGUUGCAAUUGAUCCCGUAUAUUACGAAGUCUUCACGUUACAAAAUGAUUCAAAUCUAGAUAGACGCCACAAUUUAAGUAUAAUUAAAAAGAGAAAGCUUCAAAGCUGAAAGUGUGUCUCAAAAGCUUGUCCAUCACAUGUAAAAGUGUGUUAUUUGACUCCAAAUUUCAAGCAUAGGUGCGGUAAGUUGUUUCAACUAGCCUAAUAACUACUAACUUCCACUCUGGUCCUCUCGCCAAAAUUUCGCUUGCUCUUUAGGCUAGUUUAACGCCAACCAGGAUUUGAAAAAAGAAAAAAGUUAGUGCAAUUUAUCAACAAGUUGUUGGUUUUGUGGCUUCUGAUCAAGCUGCAGUACAAUUUACCUUAGUGACAAUAUAUCUGCAUCAUUCUUCUUUAGACCCAUGAACUUUCUUGGUGGUCUCAGUAACAGGUGGACUAUUGCUGUUACGUUUGGAGCCACAGGUAGCACUGUUAUAAGAAUGGCAUUGGGUGGAAGCGGCAGUAUCUCGAUUGUCCCAUUGGAAUCUCCCUGGGUGAAAAGUAGGUAACUCUAGCGCUGUUAUGAUCGAGUUUCUUAGCGGUGUUGGAAGUAAGAAUCAUCAUGUAGAGCAUAUUCCUUCAGAAAUCUCUCCGUUAUGCGCAUAAUGAAUGAAUGAAUGAAUGAAUGUGUAUUUAUAUACCGCACAUAUCACAUACUGUCUCAAGGCGGUUUACAAUUCUAAUUGAGUGAGAUCGAACGUCAGCUUGUAAAGGCGCCUCUGGCUGCCGCUAUCAGUCCAUAUUUGAUCUCACUCACCCACCCAGCCCAUGCAUGAAAUGUACAAUGAAACAACAGAUAGACCACCACACCGGGAACUACGCCCCCUACUCUUUUCGACAAGUGUGUGGGUUCUUUAACGUUCCCUGCUGACCAUGUAACACUGAAGAUGCAGGAGACGGGGCCUACGGUUUAUAGUCCUUAUCCGAGAAGACUUGAAUGUCUAACCAUUUGCUGGUACAAUUACAAAGGCAGCACAUUCUCCUCAGUUAUUUUAAGACCCUGAGUGUUGGUCCGGUCUGGGGUUCGAACCCUCGACCUCCCGCACAACAGACUGGCGCUCUACCAAUUGAGCUAACCAGGUGGCGGUUAAUAAUGCACGAUGGAUGUCUAAUCCAGGUUCCAGUAAAUUGCUCCGUAAUAACAGGCUAAACCCUUGUGGUCUCCAAAGUACAGCACUAUCAUCACAACAAGCGCAUGGCCAUAUCGCUAUAUGUUUCAUUUAAACCUGAAAUACCAUCCCAAAAUUCAAAACUAAAUCAUUACAUAGAGGCAAAAUAAGGCUUUGAAAACGAACAAAACCAAAAUUUAAACUAGCUAACUAAAUGUGAAUUGAAUAAAAAAAUUGAUAGCAAAAACGAAACAAGUACACAAGAACACACCCAUACAAAAACAACCUCUGCAAGGAGACAACCAAAGCUAGGAGACUGAACCAAAAGUAUUUUAGAGAAAAGACAAAGUAAUUGCAAAAACCGAGAAUUAAAAGAGUUCUUUUAUGGUUGUUAAAGAAGUAUUUGAGGUCCAAGAAUCAUUGAUUAAACCUUCGAGCAAUUUCUUUCUUUCUAUUUACUCAGUUAUCGACGUUUUGUUGGCUGUCCUCCUUUUUACAAUACUAUUCUAUCCAUAUUUUGUCUGCCUCACAACCGAAUACAAGUUCGUUGGUUCUAUCCUUGGCUUUCUUUAUGGCGUGUUGAGGUAUGUAUGUGAGUAUUUCCUUAAAUUAUGGGAAUUUUUACACUAGUUCGUUAAGUCAGACAUAGUGAGACAGAGUAGAAAUUCCGGUCAUCCCUUUAUUCGUUUUUAUGGAGAGUGUUUUUCGUGAAACUUCGAAAAUACGUUUGACAUAAGUUCUCAAUUGAAAACAUGCGAUUUCAUGAGAUAUCAGAUCGUUAAUUUUAGGUAUGGGGCUAAAACAAACCGGAACUCUUCGAAGUUGAUGCAGGUUUCUUUACAAUAAACACGCCGAGUACUAAAGAAUCGGUCCAUGCUUUGCGUGCAUAUAUCGAUUUAUGGAUGCACCACCCGGGGAGUUUGCAGAGCACGAGAGAAGCGUAAGAGUUGCUCCAAGCGCAGCCAACAACAACUCUAACUUCUUGAUUAAAAAUUUUGAAAAUUCUAAAAUUGUACGGUUUUAAAAUUAAAAUCUUCAAUUGAACAAUAGUUUUAGGAAAUGUCAACUCUUUAAAAUAGUAUGAUUACACCCGUCCCAGGCUCAUGUCUCGAGAAAAAGCAAACGGUUAAUUUAUGAAAGCACCACGCGUUGUGUGACGUUGGGUUGAGUUCCAAGAGGAACCGUUGAGAAUUUGAACACGUUGUAAGGAAUAGUAUGGGGAACGAAAUAUGGUCGAUUUACAACGAUAAAUAUUUCGACAUGUGAACAUUUUAUAAGUGAAUUCAAUAGAACUUACUCACAUCUUGUGUGUCUGUGGUGGUUUCUGGCGAUUUCCGCCAUUUUAAGCUUGCUUUGUGUUACGGCAAACUGGCUGGCAAUUCUGGAACAAGUACCUCCAUAGGAAAGCAACCAAACCCAGAACAUCCGAUAGUCGCCAGGAUGGAAUCACUAAUAACUAGAGCUGAAAACACACCUCACCAUUCUGAGAGCCAAGAGUCGCGUAACCUUCUGCGCGAAAUCCGCGAAAUAAAGCAGAGCCUUAUGGGAGAGAUACAGGAACUUGACCGCCGAGUAGACGCUCGAAUAAAUGGCUUAGCCAGGCGAAAUCAAAAUAGCCGCGAAGAACCACAAAGACAGCGAACACGAGAGGGACGACCCAUUUGUUACUCUUGUGGACGAGUUGGUCAUGUGCAACAAAAUUGUAACCAGAGGUCUCCACGCGAACCCAAUCAGAAUUUCGAGUGGUACCAGCCAAACUACCAACGACGCCAAGAAAGAGGAAAUUAUCCUCCCCGCUCCGGUUACAAUCAGCCACAACUCAGGGAUGACUCACCUUCUCGAAAUCCAAGAAGCUCUCACUUAGCCGCCAUAGAUAGCCAAGGUCAUGAAAUGGCCCCACUGGGACAAAAUCACCACACGUUUCCACAGGGCAAACACGAAUUCCUGGGAAAGGACUCCGGUGAAGACGACGCUCAAGCCGAUGAAGAAUUGUACCAACAGUACCAAAACGGGUCAGGAUUUUACCCAGCGACAGCCAGAUAUGAUGAAGUAGCAGAAAACAAGCUCACGAGCGCGCUUCUGCCAGCUCUAAAAAACCAACUGAGCAUUUGUCAACAAACCGUAGAGGACGCUUAUGCAAAUGAUGGAAAUUAUGGAAACACAUCCGCUGACCACUCUGAGAAUGACCUACCGGGAGGUCUGGUGACGAAAACCGACGCAGAUAUAGCCACCCGUCCACUGGGACCGACAAAAACUCUCAAGGCAGAGAAGAGAAAGCCUGACAGUAAGAAAAAGUGCCAGCCAAAUAAACUUAUUUCGUUCCCCGGGGCUGUUCGCCGAGCUCAAAAGACGAUUAAAACCAACACCAGUCCAAGUAUGAACCCUGAUAACGAGGUGAAAAACGGCUCUCCUCUAGAUCCUUCUCCGCCACAGAGUAGCACUUCCGCUGGAUGUGAACCUAGAUGGAAUCGUCCGGAAUAUAAAGCCUAAACAGGAAGUUAGUUAUAAAUGGAGGAAGUACAGUUUCAAGACUAAACCCGUAUGUUAUCGAUGUGGACGCCGUGGCCAUAUUCAGUAUUACUGCAACUAUAACCAAUCUAAUGACGGUUUCCAAAAGGAGAGACAGGUCCUACAUCGUGCUACCAGACCAACUUACUGUCAACCAGAAGAAUCUUCCACUUACGAAGAAGAGAACCAAUCAGAUGUUGAAGGGACUGCAUCACAACUCGAGAGUCAGGAAAACGCCACAAACAACCCUAAUUUAUUACAGAAGAUGAAGCCGACACGAACCAGUGACCAGGGUAGAAAGCCGAGAAAUCCAAACCAGAAGCCAAGAAAGUUACAAAUACCAAAUCAGUCAAAAGUUCAGCUACCCCUCGUAAAUGAAGCAGACACGUACCCUGGCAACCUGAUCACUAAAGGUAAAAUAGCAGGAAAACCUGUUCGUCUAAUGUUGGAUACUGGUGCAAGCGUUUCAGCUAUAAAAGAAGAAGUUUUAAAAGAGAUCUACGGUGACGUUCCCUUUUCCACAGUUCAGACUGGGAAAGACAACCUACAGCUAAGAAGAAUUACCUUGCCGUUAUAUCUUAAGGAAAGUCAGUUCCCUUGUGAAUUCCAAGUCGUGCAAAACCUUACUUAUGACGCCAUCCUUGGUCGCGAUUUCCUCCAAGUAAACAGAGCUAUGAUUGACCUCGAUAAUAACACCAUUACUCUUAAAGAAUCAGCCAAUCAACAAGAGCAAGCAUGUUCAGCCUCAGUGCCUUUGACAGGAACGUUUAAACCUCAAGAAAAGAAUGUCAGAAGAAAUGAACACGCCUCUACCAGCGAAGGUUCAGUGAAGCCUUCUUCAGGAAUGUUGCCUUCCCGUUCUCCAAAGAACAAAGAAGUGGCACUAAGCCAGUCACUGUUGAUAUUAGUGUUCAUUGCCGUGUCCCUGUCCGCAACAUUUCACACCGACGCAAAUGGUAACUUCAGGUCUGUUAUCCAAAAACCACCACCGUCCUUCGCACAGGUGUCACAAAAGAAGGUUUGGCACCAAGGCGAUCUUUCUUAUACCCCAGCCAAAACUGAUUACAGAAUGGAAUCUAACGAGGGAUUUGAUCAAUAUAAAGAAGCACCUCCAGGAAUGGAAAUGCCUCAGUUCAUGAUGCACCUCAGGAGACUACUUAUCCUCAGACCCAUGACUGACUUUAGCAACAAGUAGAGAGUACUACUUAGCUGUUGACCAGGAAGUAAGAUAGGAUCAAGACGAUUGAUAACAUGUUAUUUUUAAAUUCUUCCAAGAAGUAGUUAACAACUCCUUAGUAAAUAGAAGAUUACGCGCAGUAAGAAAUACGACAUAAGGGCAUACAAUAAGAGAAAUAUUGUUUUAACUCGAGACAGAUUUAUCGGUUAUAAGAAUGCCAAGUUCAAUGUUCAUUAUGACCACUACGUUUCUAGGAGUUUUCCUCGACCAGGAGGUCUCGAUUUAAGGUGGGAGGAAUGUUACGGGAAAAUUUACUGAUUUUCCCGUGUGUGUUAUUCGGAACAAAUUUAUUCGUAAACUUUCACAUUUAACCAUUUCAAGUCCUUUCAUUUUAAAAAGUAAAAAAAUGCAUAAAAACCACGGUAGCUUUUGAAUAGAUUUUUGUUGUUACUCGCUUUUACUAUGCACCUGCUUGUCGGCACUUUUGUCAUCUAGUACAUGGGUUUUUUUAGGUAAAUAUAAGUGUUAAUGGUCUUUCUGGAAACAUUGGUUUUCAUGGUAGAUAGCAGCUGAGUUUAAACGCGUUAAUUUAAUUUCUUUUCAUGCGAUGGUUUCCAAACCAAUCUUGCGCAAAUAAGCAGAAACCUUUAAUUGCUUUUUCGUUUUUUUAUUUCCUGAGCUGCGCUACUGCAAUUAAGAUAGGUAUUGUUUUCUAUACCAGAGCUGUAAAUUCGCACCUAGGUUUCCUACUUUAAUGGCCUAAAGUUUAUUGCAUCCGUCUUUUUAGUUUUGAGAUUCUUUCCGUCGUGGAAACAGAUGGAAUAUUUAAGUAGUUUUUGUUUAGCUUCAAAGAGACUUUUUUCCGCUCCUUUGUGUCCUUAUCCAAAUAUUGCGAUUCGUGUAACAAUAGCACUUCGCACCAGUUACUUCUUAAGCAAGUACCUUGUACAGCUUUGAUGAUUACAAACUAGAGUAUGCUAGAGGUCAUGUCGCUUGUUGGCCUGACCUAGAAUAAAAGUACUGUGGAACCAAAGAUUGUCUUAUCCUUGACGCCCGUACAAGCUUACUAGAAGUAGGUCUCCGUGUACCAGGAAAUCGUGACGAGUUUCCGUUCUCGCUGCCAAGUCGUCUCUACAGAGUUAGUUCCCCCAGUUAUUAUUGCACCGUCCGCGAAGAUUCAGUUUCCCAGUUUGGGGCGAAAACUUUAUCGUCACAUUUGCCAUCCCUGAUAUAAGACGAAGUGAAACUGCAAACGUCAUGUUAUGGGUACAUAAAGAUUUGUACUAUGGUAGUUCUUUGGGAAUUAGGUAGGGCUUGGGCGCGGUAUGUUAUGAUGAAUAUUGUCUUUCUUUUCUUGGUCGAGAUGCCUUUCUAAGUUACAAUCCCUCCAGUAUUUCGACAGUUUCCCGAAAGGGCCAGAUGAUGCGUUAAACUCAUUGACUUCCAUUGGUUUCUUUCAGGUUUUCUUUUCAACUUGCUACAGAGAUACGUUGCCACGUUGUUUAUAAGGUAUUAGUUUUGGAAUGCAUCAACAAACGUGAAGAACUUGUGUUUCCUUAUGGUCACGUAGAUAAAGCUGCUUGCUGUGUUUUUAUGAACUACUGAAUGAAGCUAAGGAAAUGGAUUAUAGAGAAAGAGUUAAAUCACCCAAAAUACUAAUAUAGUAUAUAUUGCGCUGAAAAAGCGUCAUCGUUCUCAAGCCAUGAACAACUUUCGGAAGUAAGUCAAUUCACGCCCCUGCAGGGGUGUGAAAUAUUUUUGUCUUUGCCUUAGUCCUUGUCCUUCUCUUUGUUUUGUCCUUGCCUUUGUCCUUGUAAUCUAUUUUUGUUUUAUGUAGAAAAGGCUAAAGAGCACUCCCCGAGUAAUUUUUGUUCGCUGUUGUUUCGAGUGCCAUUAUUUCUGUUGGCUUUAAAUUAGAUUUUAUGAGUCAUGAAACAAAAUUAUGGCCCGUACGGCUCAAGAAAGUAAAGUAUUUCUUUUCCUUUUAGAAAACAGGAGCGUAUGGAAUAAUGUUUAUUAUUUCUAACCUACCUACAACACUGUGCCUCAUCUUUAUAACAACGCGAUUUGCUUUUCUUAUUGUUCGACGGGUUAGACAGAUGUGGUCUGUACCUUCUACAGAGUCAGCUGUAAGUCAGAGUUGCAAACAUGUAUGUUUUCGUCACUUUACAGCAGAUACAGAAGUGUGUAAUUUGUGCAUGUGUCUUCGACUAGCUGGAGUUUUAAGAUCAUUUCCUGUUUAAUUAAGCACACGGCGAGGCAAUAGUAACAUCAUAAAAUUCAAAGAAAAGCGUUAAGCAAGGUUUCAAUGACGCUUUAAAAUCCAGAUAAAAAAAAUUACAAAAUAUCAUGAGAUCUGGGAGAAUUCAAGACUUUAUAAACAAACAGGUGAAAAUGGCAACAAGAAGGUAAAAAGCUAAGGGGUUGGAUGUAUCGGCAACUAUUUUUAUUGUGUCCCUCAAAUCUUUCUCUUUAGGGAAAGGACUCCUGCUCCCGCUCACUGGCUCAUGAUUCGGACGUUGUUCACGUGAAGUUCAUUUUGGGGCAAAAACCUCCAAUGUAAGAUAACUUUUAAAAGCUCUAAAAAAGUUGGUCCUCUGAACAAGCUCCUGUUCAGUGCCCGACUCUAAAAAACAGUUAAAUUUCAUUAUCUUUCAUUGUCCUGGUCUUAAUUUGUCUUUGCCUUAGUCCUUGUCCUUGUCUUUGUGCUUUUGCUUAUGUUUGUCUUUGUUCCCUUACUUGUCCCUGUCCCUGUCCCUGUCCCUGUCCCUGUCCCUGUCCCUGUCCCUGUCCCUGUCCCUGUCCCUGUCCCUGUCCCUGUCCCUGUCCCUGUCCCUGUCCCUGUCCCUGUCCCUGUCCCUGUUCCUGUCCCUGUCUCGUUAUCGUGAGGAAUUGAUCAGAAUAAGAGUUAUUAUUAUUGUCAGCAGUAUCGUCUUCGGUUUUUUUCAGAUACCCAGACAAGAGAGAAUGGUAUUGGAAGGUUCUCUACUUUUUUUAUAUACCAAGGGCAGGUGUGCAUGGUAUUUCGUUAAAACAUAAAAAACGUUAGCAUUUUAGGUCCCUUUAUUGUUUUUUACCUCAUGCUUUACAAUCGUCGAUAGGCCCUGAUUAAUUUAUCAAUUUUUUCAUUUAUUUCAUUAUUUUUUUAUUAAUAAGCGUAAAUCUAGACUCAUGGAUUGGACUAAUGACAUUGACAACGUCUAUGAUUUCAGAUUUCAAGUUUUCCACUCAGUUGAUAUCAACAGUGUUUCUCGUUGGGAUAGCUGUCUUUGAAGUUAGUACUCAAUAUAUCAGAAGAUGUCUUGUCUAUCGAUUUCGAAAUGGAUUUUUUCAUUCCCUGUAUCUCGAUUUGUCUUUUGCAAGGGUUCAAGUUUUCAGUAUAACAGACGCGAGUGUGUCUAUUUAUGACCCAUAUUUUUUAAAGCAAAUAUUUUCCAUGAAGUGAUUCUUAUAUACUCUAUUUCUCUUUGUUACAUGUAGGUCUCAUUGCCUUUGCUAAUCAUGUGGGAAGAAAUUAUAGGCGUUCUCAGGGAUUCCUAUUUGGAUAUUCAUACUCUAAGAGGUAAUGUAUCGGCAGUAAAACAUGAUGAUUUACCUGCUUCCUAAAAUCUUUCAAGUUCAAAGCCUUUAUCUACUUGACUAUGUGAAGCGGACAAUCUUUCGUCACUCUUUUAGUCACUCCGUUCACUGGUCAAUUAAUCAAACCACUUCCCAAAACUACUGAAUAAGUUAUAAUCCGCGGAAACUGCUCCAUAAAAAUUAGUCAUAUUACCAUUGUUCAUUAUCAUAUUUCAAAUAGGACAUACUUCGUUCUGAUAAGCUGUAUUUCCCACGGCAUUUCAAAGAAACUCUUACCCCCUGUGAGUAUUUCCAUCAGAACACCUCACAAAAAAAAAAGACCACGUAAGGAGAUCGACCAUCUCAGAAACUUUUUGCUAUAUUGCUGGGGACAAAUUGGUCCAGUUCGCGCUGAGAUGAUUAUGAAGUUGACGCUUGUGCGAGAGGAGAUCACUUGUGUAAAAAGCCUUUAUCAUGCAAAGAGAGACUUCUAUCAGCUCUUGUACCAGGAGCUAUUUAAGCCUGUUCUAGGCGCUCAGUUAAUGAAACGAUUAUAAACGGUGCGACAGUUGCAGACGAGUGAAACCGGAGAAGAUUUGGUUCGGGAUCGUUACGUUACCUGACCGAAGUCCCCCUCGUUGUUUUUGCCCCACUGCCCCUAUAAUUACACCGUUUACAAAUGCGCCGUUCACCACUCCGCUGCUUUACUACCUAAUUGCUUUCUUAGAACAGGCUAGGUCUGUUUUCUAUUUUCUGUUGGCUAUAUUGAUAUAUUUCUUAUGUUGAUUUUAGGUGGUCUUUACGGAUCGUUCAUUUUCGCAGGUCUGAUUUAUAUUAUAACAACACUUCAUUUCAUGAAGUGCCACAGGUACUUGUGACUAGUUUACACCUUUUGCUGUUCAUUAUGAGAAAAUACGCAUUCAUUUAUGUGAAAAGGUGAACAACUGCGUGAAGUUACAUUCAUUAGCGACAAAAUACGAUCAUUUGCACAUAAAUAAGAUUCAAUUUUCCAUUUUAAUCAGCAUUCAAUAACAGUUUUGGGCAUUCUUAUGCGUCAAUCGUCACACAGAAGAGAAAAACGUACUUUCAUUAGCGCUAACCUUCAAGUCAUUAACACCAUCCUGAAUUUCGAUGGAGACAAUACACAAACACUAUAGUGCAGAGACCAUUCAUUAUUAUUUUUAUCUCACUGUUUGCAAUUCAAUAGCAUUCCUGGACGGCAUUAGUGUGAAUAAGACAAGCAUUAAAGCGCUUGUACAUUAAUAGAGUGUUUUAUGCAUUCAAUAUGCAAGUAUCGAUUCUCAAUUAAACACCUUUUUUUGCCUGACGUUGCAUUGUCGGUAAAUUUCGUUCAGUUCAUUCGCCUUGUGAACGUCUUUUGGCCGCCAGUAAAAUGCCAUGAAAAAAUGGAAUGCCACUCGAACACAGAGAGAGAAUCGUUAGAUGAUUCGAAGACCAGGAGGGAUCCUGGAUACUCGUUUUUAGGCAUUCUGUUGAAUUCGGACUGAAAGAUUAUUGUUAAGUUUAUUGUGAUUCUAUUUAAUAGGGACCACAUGUUCCAGCUCUACCGUGGAGAUAGACACCUAAUGCAAAACGUUUGCCUCUCACCGGCCUCUUUUGUGGUAUGGCAAUAAGCUUGCUUUCAACGCUCCUAUCAAAAUUAAAGAGGAAAUGACUAACCUAUGCCUACACUGAUAUAUUUUGAAAAGUUACCUUAAUUGAAGGGCACGAUAAUUUGAAAGGUUGGAAAGCUCUCAGAUUUUUCCAGAAAUUGAGAAUUUGCUCCUUGAAUAACUUAAUGAUGGUUGAAUGUAACUGACCGUAACAGUCAAAACACGUCACGUUCGCAAUCACGUUUACGGUCACAGUUUACGGUCAAGAUCACAUUUACAGCUGCGUUUAUAGUCAUGGUCACGAUCAUGAUAACGGUGAUGAUUUACAGGAGGUCAUGUACAUUUUGCCUCACUGCUGAAUACUUUGUCUUGAAGGGAAGAAGUCUGAGUUAUACUGGAUACCAAGUCGCCUAUGCCGUGAUUGGUAUGUAUGCAAUGUUCAACCUUAAACAGUGCAUUUGUUUCGUGCUCAGACUGGUGUUGCUCAAACGUAUUAUGAUUAAAAAAAUAUGUAAACGCUGUAGUUCCAAUGAUCGAUUUUAUUAUUAAUUACAAAAGGAACAUCCAGAGUAACAUAUCAGACCCGAGCCUAUAUUGAAGCAAAAGAGGAGGUUUCUUUUCGUUUUUACGUUGCCUAAGCUAGUUGAGAUUUGGAAUAAGUUGAGGGUUUGCAUAACUUUCACGUAUGUCUUAACACCUCUUGUGUUAAUAAAAAAAAGGCUUCGUAGAGCGCUACGUAGUGUCGAAUCAGGUUAUUCAAAUGAUGAGUUUUUCAUAUCUCCAGUAUUGGUUUUUCCAAAUUUUAGCUCGUUUCUCUUUGCAGGUUUUGUCGUGUUGUCAAAUUUGGGCUUCCUUCUAAUUCUCAUUCCAAGCACUUCUAAGAUGAUACGCGAUUUGAUUUCAUCAGCUGCGAAAGGAGCUGUGUAAGUAAAUUGAUAACGUGAAUAGGUUGCUUUAUAUUGUUUACAUUUCCCCUCAGGUGUUGACUUGGCUCAUGUUUGUUUGUCUUUCUUUUCACUUUUUUUUCUUUUUUCAGACCAUCGAUAGUGCUAGCUGUCAUAUUACGAGUGUUCCAGCGCGUGUUCCUAUCUCAAUACGUCUUUCGUGACAGAGAAUACCCAAAUUUCUCAGUCGUGGUUGACAACCGGUAACUUAAAAAUACAGUUUCUGUUUCUAUUAACAUGAUAAGCUGAGCUGCGCACGUACUUUGACUGGUUCUUGACACAUAGAUGACGUCAUCAUAAACACAGUUUCGUUGCUUUAUCAUUGAUUGUUGACGUGGCUGUGUACAGUUAUAGAUCACAAAAGAUGUCAAUUUAUGGGAAGAAAAUCACUGAACCACUCGGCUGCGCCUUGUGCGCCAAUUUGUUUUCUUUUAGCUUGCACAGCAGGCGUAAUUUUAGCGAGUGGAUGCUCAGUAUUUUCCUAUCUUUGAUUUUAAUGGUAGCAGAAGGCUGGGAGAGAAAGAAAUUUGUACCAAGGGGGCGGUCGACGGUCAAAAAUGAGGAGAGGGGUUCACUCUAACUCCAAAUCAAACAUGACCAGUCGGAUGAACGAUCGCCAGCUUAUAACGUUAGCUCGCCCCAAUAAGACGCCUGCACUGCAGGAUCGUUUUCUUACCACAUCUUUUUGAGUCAACUGUUCGCUACUACUGAACAGAAGCAAGUUAACAUGGCGUCUAUGUGUUAAUGAGAGAUUACAUUUGCGUUAAGGGUCGGUGUGCCAUUCGUGGGUCUUACUCCUCUUCACCUCCACGCAACGUUAAAUGAAACAAUUUACGUCACAAAAGCUUGCAUUCAUGCAAUAACUAACAUUGGCUGUGUAUGCAAAUUUUUCAAGACAAUUUGUCCAAGAUAGUGGCUUUGAUGCUUAACAGAGAAAAUGACUGUUCGUCUCAUUUGCAGCAAAAGAAAAUGCUGCUCGUCUUGCCAGACACAGGAUGUUGGCACGAAAAUUAGUUUUCGCAGAGUUCAUCAUAAUGUGCUACCAGCUCUGCAACAAUUAACCUGAAGAAUUUACCUCUCCUCUUCUCUUAAGAAGGUCAUUAUGUUUUUAAGAGCCUUAUCGUGAAUCAGCAUAUAGGGCUGCCUCCAGGUUCCUCGAGGGUCUUAAUGUGGUGAUGGCUUUUAUGGCUAACAGCCAAAAUUUUGGCCUUUUUUGGGCAACAGUUACUUGAAAUCUUUCGAAAUGACAGAUCGUAGGUAGGAAACAUUUUUUUUUACGCGUAACAGCUAAAUUUUUUUGCCUCCUUACAGCCAAUGGCUAACCUCACUUAGACGCUCCUCUUUAUGUUUACCUUCUUGAAAGUAGGCCACGAUUUCUACUCAAGGUUGUUCCUCUCAUUAGCUAUAAGCAGCUAUUAAAUAUUAUUUAUUAAAUUUAUUAAAUAUUUAUUAAAUAUUAUUUCUUUGUUUCACUUUUUUCUCUUUUGUUCUCGUUUUGGAAUCAAUUUUUAGACGACUGUUCUCAAUCAUGUCGUAUGCGUUCGUGUUCCUCAACGCCAUUGUUGGAUUCCUGUCAGGUCUUCUUCGCAUAGCUAAAGCUAUGAUUCUCGGGCUUUUCUUCUUCUCACGUCUCGACCGAACUGUUUUAAUGCCAGGAUUUCAGAAAUGGGACAAAGGUAAGCUCCUCGAAAAACGCAUGCUUAGAAAGUUAAUUCCUCCGUGUUUAAGUCUUCUGACCUAUCAUCUCCCAUUCAGCGCUUGCCGAACGGUGGUAUGUCUGCCGAAAAGUUGAAAAAUUGGUCAACUGCUUGUUGCUUCUCAGACUUUCCUUCUUGCUGCUUUUGAUAUUUUUUCAAAUUACCGAAGCAUCUGAACAACAAUGCAACGCGGCACGAUGGACUGGAGAAAAGCUUGGGGGAAGGUGAUCGAAGGAUUUUGGUUGUAUCACAAUGAAAUCUAUGGACUCUCUCCCCCCCAUCAAUCCUCAUUGGCAGUCAAUUUGCAAUAGUUCCUCUUUAAACUCUGUAAGAGACGACUGAUUCCCCUUUCUCCCCCACUGAAAGCCAUUCGAUCACGUGCAAAAUCCUUUUUCCCCUUCUCCACCCCGGUGAUAAAAUUAUGAUUGGUCUCUUAGCUAAAGAUACUUCAGCCGGGAAAGCUUCAACUAAAACGAACCCAACAGUAACGCAGACUUCAGUUGAGUCCCCAUCUAAUGCCCAUUUUCCCCUUCAACUUAACGAACAGGUUUUGUUGCGUAUCUUGGAUUUCUUCAUGUGUUGGUAGCCCACAGACAUCCUGUUGUGUUGAUGUUCUGUCAAUUGCUCAUUGAAAGCAACAAGGCGACAACUUCGGAGGAGAAACGUAAGCAACUUUUAAGAAAUUUAAUUUUUCUGGUCUUAGAAGAACACAUUGAGAGUAUUAACUCGAGUAGGAUUGGUUAAUUAGACAAUCGGUCGCUCGGUCAGUAACCAAGUGAAUCAGUUCGUCAGUCAGCCAGGCAGUCAGUCAGUUAGUCAGUCAGUCCGUCCGUCCGUCCGUCCGUCCGUCCGUCAGUCCGUCCGUCAGUCAGUCAGUGAGUCCGUCAGCCAAUAAACAAUACGUAAAUCUGUUAGCGUGUCAGUUAUUCAGUCUGCCUCUCUGUUUGUCUGUCUAUCUGUUAUUCCGACAUUUGUCCCUCAUACGAACUGUCUUUUAUCAACAAUUAUUCGCCGAAGGCGAAGUGAAUACUGUUGAAUAAUUCCCGUAUCAAUGCUCACUGAACUUGAGGCGAAUAACAUUUAAUUAGUGCAGUUGCUCAGGUGCUUUCAAAUAAUUUUGCAAAUUUUGUAAAUAAAGAAAGCGUUUCGCAUGUUUUGUCACAAUUGUAUUGAUUAUUCGUAUCUACUUACAUAAGCAAGAUUUAACAGUUUCAUUUACUGCCAUUGAAAGCCGUGUUCCACCAAACUCAGUAUGAUAGCAUCUUUUGUGCUCUUUUCAAUUGAAAUUUUUUUUCUGUCGCAUUUAUCACUUCCUCGGACACGAGGUGAUUAAGGCAAUAUAUGACGCAAUCCUUGACCAAUCAGAUUGCGCGUAUCUCUACAAGUAAAUAUAGCUGUGUUUAACAAACUGACUCAAAAAUCUGUCCGUCACAGAACAUUCCAACAUUUCCGUACAGCCAAACAACGCUGAGGAGCCAAAACAAGUCACUGGUAUGUCACUUAAUUAAUAUAACGUAGCUUUAUCGGACAGUGCAUGAGUUCCGUUUUUAAGGGAGUCUACAUAUAGAUUGGAUUUUCUCAAAUACACUUUAGUAAAACUGUUUAUGUAUUUUGAAACAGGAUUCAAACGCGAAAUCCGCCAUCCACGCCUGGCACAGAGGGUAGUCAACCGCUGGCUUCUGGCCGUAACUCUUCUCCGUAAUCCCACGAUAAUACAGUAUCGUCACCAUUCCUUUUCGGUACCUAUUGAACAGAGUGAGGUCGAUUCGUCUUCAAUAGCAGUUUUAGUCGAUUCUAUGGUCUAAUAUUCACAUUUAGCUCAUAGCACAUAAAUAGUUUAAGUAUUAAAUGAAGGGCAUUGUAAUAGCUAAGUGCUGUAAGGUAUAUGGCUGUUUGGAGAAAGUUUAUCAGAAAAUAACAGAAAAAACUUCACGCGACAACCUCGGAAAAUAAUGUGGGUAUCCAGUCAUCAAUAAAUUUUAAUAAGUGAAAGAAAAUUAAUCAGUUAAUCAAACUCGCUGUACGUACAGUGACGUUUCUCAGAUUUCCCUUGCAUCCUGAGUUUAAAGUGCCGUGACCUGAAAACUAUCCACAAUACCUUUAGUGGUUGCAUUGUCGUGUGCAUGUUUACGCUUUUUUAUCCAACCACCUCUCUCGAAACAGCUAUAUAUUCUAUGAUAGGUUUAUGCUUCAAGUUGAAUACUGCGCGAAAAAAACUGCUUAUUAUGUCAAAAUAUAGUAAAAUAUUUUCUUUUGUUUUUCUUAAUAUAGUUUAUCAUCGUGAAACUUAAAGUUCGACUGCGUCUUUAAGACUAAAGUAGACAGUCUUAUAUUAAAUAACAAUGAGGUCUGACAGUACUGAAACACUGGGGGGGGGGGGAAGGAUGAGAUGUGGCAGCCCUACCCCCCCCUACUUACUUGGAUAAGCACUGUGCUAUCUAUAGUGCACCCUCCGUUAAAAAUAUCUUUCGACAGGCCUGAGUAAAUGUAAGUAAUAUGGGUUGGCUGCUUAAUACAGGUUCCGCAGAAUACAUAAGGGUACUACAAAGGAACGACAUAAAUUGUCUUUUUAUGCCAAAAUUGUACAAACCUUUGCCUCAAAAUACUACUGACGUUAACUUCGGAUUAAAUUUUACUUGGAUGAUUAUUGAAAGUUUUAUUUGAGUGGUCCCGCUCUAAGUGAUAUUUCAAUAAAGGUGGAAGACAGUGCAGUGAGGCCGUUGGGACUCAGUCAAGGGUAACCACGACCGCUUAAUAGAGGUGACCGCUGUUCAGAGGUGAAAAUUAAAGCAAUAAAGGGGUAAAUUUCGCGACUUUGACAACCGAUCGCUUAAAACGGUGCCUCUUAAAACAGGUUUGACAUUAUUAUUCAAGUGUAACUGGUGUCAACCUCGUCACCAGGCGUAAAGGCAGCUUUAAAAAGGCAGCGUGGACAUCACUCUGACUUUACGUAACACCACACUUGUACCAUUACAUACUGCAGGGUUACUUACCAUCUUGUCGGCUUUAUCACCUUCUUGCUGUUUGUCUUACGCGCAAUAAAAUUCCUCUUAG